GUAACCAAUGGAUCAUCAUGCCCAGAGUUCAUAACAUAAAAAAGCCCCUUACAUCUCAGAUUUCUUGUUUGACAAGUGAAUCUUAUGAACAGCUGGAUUUUUUGCCUGAUAAACUAAGAGCAAAGCUGCUUCCUUUUCAGAAAGAGGGCAUCGCUUUUGCCCUUAAAAGAGAUGGCAGGUGCAUGGUGGCUGAUGAGAUGGGUCUAGGAAAGACAAUCCAGGCAAUUGCCAUCGCUUACUUCUAUAAGGAGGAAUGGCCUCUUUUAAUAGUGGUCCCUUCAUCUCUGAGGUACCCUUGGACAGAAGAAAUAGAGAAAUGGAUCCCAGAGCUAGAUCCAGAAGAAAUCAGUGUUAUUCAGAAUAAAACUGAUGUUGGGAGAAUAUCGACCAGCAAAGUGACGGUUCUGGGUUAUGGUCUCUUAACGACAGAUGCAGAGACUUUGAUAGAUGCGCUGAACACUCAGAACUUCAGCGUAGUGAUAGUGGAUGAAUCACACUACAUGAAGUCCAGAAACGCAACUCGCAGCAAGGUUUUAUUGCCAAUAGUACAGAAAGCCAAACGAGCCAUUCUUCUGACGGGAACUCCCGCUUUGGGAAGGCCUGAAGAGCUAUUUAUGCAGAUUGAAGCUCUCUUUCCACAAAAAUUUGGAACAUGGACUGAAUAUGCCAAAAGAUACUGUAAUGCACAUGUCAGAUAUUUUGGUAAAAGGCCUCAGUGGGAUUGUAGAGGGGCGUCAAAUCUUAAUGAACUUCAUCAGUUAUUAAGUGACAUAAUGAUUAGAAGGCUAAAGACUGACGUUUUAACCCAGCUGCCCCCUAAAAUCAGACAGCGUAUUCCUUUCGACCUUCCAGCAGCAGCAGCCAAGGAACUGAAUGCCAGCUUUGAAGAGUGGGAAAAAUUAAUGAGAGCUCCAAAUUCCGUGUCCACUGAGACUUCUAUGGGGUUGAUUACUCGCAUGUUUAAACAGACUGCUAUUGCCAAGGCAGGUGCUGUAAAGGAUUAUAUUAAGAUGAUGCUUCAGAACGACUCGCUUAAAUUUCUGGUUUUCGCUCACCACUUACUCAUGCUCCAGGCUUGCACAGAAGCAGUCAUAGAAAACAAGACUCGAUAUGUUAGGAUAGAUGGAAGUGUUCCGUCUUCAGAAAGAAUACAUCUGGUUAAUCAGUUUCAAAAGGAUCCUGAGACUCGUGUGGCUAUCCUAAGCAUUCAGGCUGCUGGUCAGGGUUUGACAUUUACUGCUGCAACUCAUGUUGUAUUUGCUGAGUUGUACUGGGACCCUGGGCAUAUAAAGCAAGCAGAAGACCGUGCUCACCGAAUUGGACAGUGCAAUUCUGUGAAUAUUCACUACCUCAUUGCAAAUGGGACUCUAGACACCCUCAUGUGGGGAAUGUUGAAUCGCAAGGCGCAGGUUACCGGGAGCACGUUGAACGGUAGGAAGGAGCGACUUCAGGCUGAGGAAGGGGAGAAGGAAAAAUGGGAUUUCCUGCAGUUUGCUGAAGCUUGGACUCCCAAUGAGAGUUCGGAGGAGCUCAGGGAUGAAGUUUUGUUCACUCAUUUUGAAAAAGAAAAACAGCACGAUAUUCGAUCUUUCUUUUUACCAAAACCUAAAAAAACGAACUUGGUGACCUCCUGUGAUGAAUCAAAGCUAUUCCAUGAGAAAAAUACUGUACUGCCACUAGGCCCUGGAAAAAUACCUACAAGAGAUACCACUGAUUUUGAAAACAGUUUUGAACCUGAAGCUAAAAGACGGAAGUCAGUCACCCCCGAUGACCGCUGCAGCCCCCCACAGGCGCAGCCGGCCCGGCCCCGGAAAACCACAGCUCUAGCCCAGGCCACCGCCCCGGCCCCUCCCCAAGAGGACUGGCAGUGUGGAUUCUGCACCUACAUUAACAAUGCAUUGCUGCCUUACUGUGAAGUGUGUGGGAAUCCUCACGGCAGUGCUGUUCUACAAAUAGAUAGCCUACAUUAUACCCAGGAUAAAAACAAAAAUGAGAAAGAUGAUUCUCAGAAAGACACGUCCAAAAACAUUUGCACUAAUUCUGACGAUGAAAAACGAGUGCUUGUACAGACAGAACCGGAACCGUUGGCUGAGAGCAAGGAAGAAAUAUCGAAAAUCGGGAGAGAUGAUGGACUCACACCCCCGCCAGGUGAUGAACAGUCGAAGCGCGCAGACCCUCAGCCGGUGUACAGCACCCUAAUGUUUCGUGCAAGUCGGAACACCGACCGGAUUCACCUCUACACCAAGGAUGGAAACCAGAUGAACUGCAAUUUCAUUCCUUUGGAUAUAAAAUUAGACCUUUGGGAAGAUUUACCAGCAAGCUUUGAGCUGAAACAAAAUCGCUCCCUGAUUUUGCGGUUCGUGCGCGAAUGGAGCGGCCUCACGGCCAUGAAGCAGAGGGUGGUCAGGAGGAGCGGGCAGCUGUUCUGCAGCCCAGCUCUGGCAUUCGAAGAGGCCACAAAGCAACAGACCAAACCAAAUAGCACAAAAAGAUACAUAACUAAAGAAGAUGUUGCUGCAGCCUCGAUGGCCAAGGUGAAGAAUGCCGGGGGCCACGUCCGUCUGAUCACCAAGGAGGCUGGGCCGCAGGACACUUCCACACAGAAGUGUCUUGAAGAUGGAGCCUCCGGCCCAUCGCUGACUCCCUGCCUAGCGCAAGCUGGUCUCACUGUGACGCCUCCUGCAUCCAAAGGCUACUUACAAGCUGUGGAUAAUGAAGGAAAUCCGCUCUGCCUCCGCUGUCAGCAGCCCGCAGGCCAAACUAAGCAAGAGUGCAAAGUGAACGCUUGGGACUCACGGUUUUGCUCUCUGAACUGUCAGGAGGAGUUUUGGAUUCGUUCUAAUAACAAUUACCUGCGAGCCAAAGUAUUUGAAAUUGAACAUGGCGUGUGUCAGCUGUGUCAUCUGAACGCACAAGAACUCUUUUUACGUCUGAGAGACGCUCCUAAAAGUCAGCGGAAGAGUCUUCUGGAUGUUACCUGGACCUCCAAGCUCCCUCUAGAACAGCUUAACGAGAUGGUCAGAGCCCCCGGGGAAGGGCACUUCUGGCAGGUGGACCACAUCCGGCCGGUGUUCGGAGGAGGAGGACAGUGCUCCCUGGACAACCUGCAGACUCUCUGCACCGUCUGUCACAGAGAGAGAACUGCCAGGCAAGCCAAGGAAAGAAGCCAGGCGAGGAGACAGUCUCUGGCGGCAAAGCAUGGAUCCGACAUCACGCGGUUCUUGGUGAAGAAAUGAAGUUUAACAAACUUGGAAUGGAUGACAGAUGGCUUACAUGUAGAGGAAUUUAACUCAUUUUUUUUCAUGUUUGUCUAAUAUAUUAAGAGUGAAAUUUUUCAGAAAGUCAAGAAUUCAACUUCCCUUUUCAUAUUAAAUGCUUUUAGCGUUCAAUACCUUUUUAAAGUACCUAACAGAAAUCCUGAGAUGCAGUACUAUUUCUGUGACCUUGAUUUCAUGCAGACUCUCAAUUGUGUUUCAGUAAGGUUUUGUUAAGCUCUAAUUUCCUACUACUACCUUAAUCAUGGUGUUAGGCAUGGGUUGUACUUAAAAAAUAUAUUCUCAAUUACUUGCAAAAUGCUGCUGGAUUGGGAUUGUUUCAGGACUGCUGAGCGUAUAGAAUGGGGUAUGGCAAGACCAUAAGGGAAGUUUUGGGAGCAAAUCCUCAUUAUUCAGGAAUCCUGGGCAAAGCGUGACCAGCCUGCUUAGUAUGUAAGAGAGACUCGUGUUCACUAAAUGCCUCCAAAAUGGCUUGGGGUACACAUUUUGAGUGUUUUCUUUUUUAUUUCUUAGCCAAUUGUCUUUAUUAAAAUGAUGUUUUAAAAAAACUAAUUGGACCUAUAGUGUUUGUGGACAAAUCAGGGG